AUGUCUCUGUACCCAUCUCUUGAAGACUUGAAGGUAGACAAGGUGAUUCAGGCACAAACGGCCUUUUCUGCAAACCCUGCGAAUCCAGCGAUUUUAUCUGAAGCUUCUGCUCCCAUCUCUCAAGAUGGAAAUCUCUGUCCUAAACUGUAUCCGGAGCUCUCUGAGUACAUGGGCCUGACAAGACCUUCCAGCAUGAACUAUAUGGUGGUUCCUAUAACUGGUAAUGAUGCUGGCAUCCACAGAGCAGAAAUUAAGCAAGGGAUUCGAGAGGUCAUUUUGUGUAAGGAUCAAGAUGGGACGAUUGGGCUCAGGCUUAAAUCCAUAGAUAAUGGUGUAUUUGUUCAGCUAGUCCAGGCCAAUUCUCCAUCCUCAUUGGUGGGUCUGCGAUUAGGGGACCAGGUGCUGCAGAUCAAUGGGGAGAACUGUGCCGGCUGGAGCUCGGACCGGGCACACAAGGUGCUCAAACAGGGUUUCGGAGAGAGGAUUACCAUGACCAUCCGUGACAGGCCCUUUGAACGGACAAUUACCAUGCAUAAGGACAGCACUGGACACGUUGACUUUGUCUUUAAAAAUGGGAAAAUCACAUCCAUAGUGAAAGACAGUUCUGCAGCUAGAAACGGUCUUCUCACAGAGCACAACAUCUGUGAGGUCAACGGACAGAAUGUCAUUGGACUGAAGGAUUCUCAAAUCGCAGACAUACUGUCAACAGCUGGGAAUGUAGUUACUAUCACAAUCAUGCCUGCUUUUAUCUUUGAACAUAUUAUUAAACGGAUGGCCCCAAGCAUUAUGAAGAGCUUGAUGGACCAUGCCAUUCCUGAGGUUUAGA